UUCCUCCGGGUACUCCGGUUUCCUCCUAUACCAACACUGGACAAAAAACUUCAUAACAAAGUAACAAAGAACAGACAAACCGACCCAACAGCUAUUAAGAUGAGAAAUUAGUUGUGAAUUGGUAAAUUAAAUCUAUCAGUGUAAAGUUAGAGAACCACUGCGAGCGGAUUGACUACAAGAACGGUACCAUCUGUGACGACUGGGAUAGUAAACAAAAGUUACCUCAACUCCUGUCAUUUCCUUGUUACACGCAAUACUGUACAGUAUUAGACUUCAUGUGAAUAAUGUGCCGGGGCAAUGGAGGAACCAGACUGCUGCAUCACCAGAAAUAAGGGAACUGUUGUGACUGAGGUAGCAUUGAGGGAUGAUGGACUUGACCAGGUGAAUGGAGGAAGCAUUCCAGUAAAGGAACAUGAAGUUAUUAACAUAAGAGGGUCACCACAGUCUGAGGAACAACUUUCAAGAGAUCUGCUUAGCAAUGGCAUCAUAAACAUUAGUGAAACUGGAAGGGAAACUUUACAUGAUAGAGAGUUGAUGCUGCAAAAUCCAAAGCAAGAUACCUGUAAUGAAUUCAGCAUAAAUAAUAAUGGUCAAGAUACGAGACAAAAUCUCAAUGCAAAUUUGGCAUCAAGACAAACUAAAAAAUUGUACAAGUGUGAUCAGUGUGAUUCUGGUUUUAAUCAAAAAUGUAACUUGAAACGACAUCUGAAGUUGCACUCUGGAUACAAGCCUUUUUUAUGUAAAGAAUGUGGCUUAUCAUUUUAUGAACAAGAUUCUUUAAAAAAGCAUAGUAGAACCCACACUGGGGAGAAGCCAUACAAGUGUCAAGAGUGUGAUGCAUCUUUUGCUCAUAGUGGUCACUUAAAGACACAUAGGAGGAUUCAUUCUGGUGAGAAACCUUAUGUUUGUCAAGAAUGUGGACUCUCAUUUUCACAAGCUGGAAACCUAAAAGUUCAUAUGCGUAUUCAUACAGGGGAAAGGCCCUAUGUGUGUAAGGUGUGUGGGGCAGCUUUUUCCAUCAGCAGUGUAUAUAAGAAACAUGUAAUGGUCCACACGGGUGAACGUCCAUUCAAGUGCACCUUUUGUGAUGCUAAAUUCUCCAGCAACUCAAAUUUAUCAAGACACAACAAAACUCACACUGGUGAAAAACCUUUUAAGUGUCAAAUAUGUACUGCAGCCUUUCCUGUAAAAAAUUCACUUGACCGUCACAUGAAGUCUCACACAUGGGAGCGGCCAUAUUGUUGUGAAAUGUGUGGUGCUGUGUUUGCAGAUAUGUCUGACUUAACAAAGCAUCGUAAGAUACAUACUGGGGAAAAACCUUUGAAAUGUGAUAUCUGUGGAAUGAGAUUCUUUUCAAAAUCACAAAUGAAAAUCCAUAUCCGGACUCAUACUGGAGAGAAACCACACAAAUGUCAUUUAUGUGGUGUGUCAUUUGCUCAGAUUGGAACACUUAAUAAACAUAAGCGGACUCAUACAGGGGAAAAACCUUUCAGAUGUGAUGAAUGUGGAACAUUAUUUACAGCUAAGAGUAGCUUAAAGAAACAUGUGGAAAGGCAUUCAUAUAAUGCCUCAACACAAAAUAUUGACACAGCUAACAUUAUAAGCUUCCAAAAUGUUGAAGCUCAAAGUGUUUCUAUUUUUGAUAUUCAAAGUAAGAUCUUAAAUCCUAGCAGUAUAUGUAAUCAGGAGACACUGCCACUGUCAACCAAAUUAUUAGGAACUGCAGCACUAACAUCAUCAGUGGAUAUUGAAGACAUACCUUUAAACACAAACUCUGAUAUCCUGAAUUCAAAGAGCACUUUACCAGCAAGUAGUAAUGGCUCAUUAUCAGUUGUUCCUUCACUAUCAGAUGAUCAUUCUACCUUAAUAGCAUUGGAUCUAGGAAAUCCAACUCAAGUAUCCCAAAGUGCAUCAGUUGGAGGGCGACUUCCUGUUUAUAAUACAUUACAUCCUGUAAAUAGUUCCGUACCUGAGCCUAUCGUCACACCCUUCCGCAAUCAUGAUACUUUUGCAUCUAGAAACAUUCCAUCAUUAACAUUUACAGAAUUACAAAAUGAAGGUGAGUUUUGCAGUUUAGAAAGAAACACAUCUAUUAUUCAUUCAUCACCACCUGUGUCAGCCACGCUUCAACAUCUUCACCCUUUAACAGCUGCUAUUCCUACUGAAUGUAGUAUCCAGACCCCUCUUUCAACUAAUACCUCAGUGCCAAGACUACCAUCACUUCAAAAGUGGUAAACCUAACUUAAGCUUCCCAUCUAAUAUGUUUCUGAAUGGGAGGAUUUCAUAAGUUAUAUAUAUAAAGUAUAAAUAUAUUUUAUCAUUAAUAACCAAUUGGGGACACUUUUUAUGGUAUUUAGCACGAAAACAUUCUCAAUUUAACAAAUGCAGUGUAUCAGUAUACUGUAGUGUAUAGAGUAUAUCAUUAAUACAAAAUCUUAAAGAAUACCAUAUUGACAUUUGUAUAUGUAAGAAGAGUGAAGUGUCUACUGAAGAUUUUAUAUUAGGUACCUGGCCCAGGUAGGAGACAUUUUGUUAGUCUGUUUAUGAAUAUUGUACUGUCUGAUCCUUAAUGAAAGUACUGAAUAGAAUGUGCUUGAAACACAUAAAGGGAAUAAGAGAAAUGAGUGCACAUAUAGCUGCAUGUUUUAUUUUUCUCUUAAAAGAUAACUUUUUAAUCAUCAGAAACCACAAAUUUGCAUCUAUAUAUUGUACAGUAAAUUGUUCCAAUUUUACAUUUGUGGCAUUUAUUAUAAUUUUUAUGUGACUUUAUUAAAUCAUCCACUGGAGACUGACAUUUAGGAUAGUCGUAGACUUACAAGUAAUGUAUACUGUAUUGGUCAGUUGAGAAGUUACUGCUUUGUAAUAAUGUAUAAUGUAUUGUUCUUAUGCAUGCAAUAAGCAAUUUUAAACAAAAGCGAAUGAAAUAUAUUUUGAACUUUAUAUCCAUUUUUUUACCACCAUGAUCCCCAUGACUCGGUGUCUACGAUUAUCACAUGGUCUCUUAACUGUGUCUGUGCAUCUGUCCGAUACUAUAGUGUUUCCACGCUAACCUAGCCAGUAAGCCACGCCCCUUGUCUAUGGCUACAAAUAACUGAUUGGUUCUUAGAAAAUUUUCGUGUAGCCGUAUAUUUAUUCAAACUAAAUGUGUUCACAAUUGGUAAGCAGACCUGUUAUUCUAUUAAAUAAUGUUAAAUAACUGGACUAUCAAAAUGCAAAUGAUUUCAAGGCAUUAGCACUUCAAAGAAGAUGCUAGAAAAUUUUUAAUAUUUAUCAUAAAAGGUCAAAGUCAAAGAUGAAAUUUUUUUUCGAAUGAAGUCUUAUCAUAUUUCUUUGUUUUGUACCAAACAUAAAGCAGACAGAAACAAAUGAUACCACAAAUUUAGCACAAUAGGUAAUGAACGAGUUUGUACGGCUGGAUAUACCCCAAAUCAUUUAUACAACUGAUAAAACUCAAUAUAAAUACUGUACGCUCUUAUAUAAGCGCAGUCCAGGGACAGUGGCAGAAAAAAAUUUAAAGUUGAGUUUCUCUAAGAUAAACUUAAUUUUAAUACAGUUCAGUGAGAAAAUGGCAACUAGUGUCCAAAGUACAGUAAACACCAGACAAAGAAUCUCUUAAAAAUUUAUUGACCAUAUACAAUAUGUACACAUGACUGUAGACUGCAAAAGGAAGAACUUAACAACUAACUUUUCCUCCUAGGAUGUUACCUCACUAGAUGGUAAGAUAAAGCAUACAGUAUUAGCUUUUUUUUAUAACACAAAUAUAUCAAUACCUUCAUUUUCAGUCAUAAAAUGCUCCCACAAAAAAACAAAUAAAUAAAUACUAUGUGCAA